CAAAGUUCGAAUUGUAUUUAUAGAUAGAAAAUAUGGCCAAUGUGGGUCGCUUUAAGGAUCGCAAUGCGGAUAUGCGAGCGGCGGGAGUUAGUUCCGCUGUGGAUACCGAGAACACCACUGGGAACUGUUUGAUUGUCAUGCAUCCCGAGGAGGUGGCCGAGCAAUUGAUACGCGCCGAAUGUAAACGCUUGAAGUUAAAAAAUGGCGGACAAUUGUUUCCCGAGACGCCCUGUUUGCCGACUGUCUCGGUGCCGGAGCUGCUGGCCAUUGAAAAGUCCAAGUCGCGCUUCACAGUCUUCAAGGAGAAAUUCUCGGAGGACAUGUAUCUGAGACAGGCUAAAUUGGCUGAGGCAAAACCGACGGGCUCCAAGCCCGAUAGUGUGACCAACUGGAGUCGCACUUUUGGUCGCGAAACUACUGCUAAAGAGCGACUCUAUGAUCUCGUGUUGCCACCCAAAAAACCCGAGCAAGUGAAUCAGGAAUAUGGUCAAUUCCAUGACAAAUACAUUGUCAGCCACAAUCAUUACUUUCCCGCUGAGCAAAUCAACCGAAAAUAUAAGCAGCCAUUUGAUAGGCAGGACACGUUUGGCGAAGCCACUCGUGGGGAUACCUCGGGACAGUCGGCCAAGCGGUGCAUGCAACAAUGCUCGGGACAUGUGAUCAUCAUUAGCAAAGAGCAAAUGGAUUUUAUCGAUCGCACUUACUCGCGUCUGGGCAAAAAGUUUAAAAAAUACCCUGCUCCUGUGCCGCAGUACAUUACUUAUGGAACACCCACGCAUGUGCCGGACUGCGAUUGCAAGAUGCUGGUCGAGGACAUAGCGCCGUGCAAGAGCGACAAGCAUCUGGUGGAUGCGCUGGGCCACCUCAAUAUGUGGCGCCACAAGCUGCAGAAACGUGCCGAUUUCCACAUGUUCGAUCUGAUCUCGGUGCUUGAGCACAGCGAUAAGACGCAAACACGGGAACUGCCGGCGCAGAAGAUUUUCGAGGUGAUGCACAAGAUGCAUCUGUACAUUGACAUUCACAAGAUGCGUGUAAUUCUUUCGCUGUUUCACAUGCUCAUCGACGAGGGCUGCACCACGGAGCGCGUAAACUACGAUGACUUCUGUCGUCUGCUCAACAUUCAGCAUCCUUUGCCCACCAUGGGCAACAUCUUCACCAUGCCGCCGAAUGUCUACAACAAGGACACAACCUAUCGCCUGCUUUGUUCCGAUCUCAGCAAGGAGCCCAUCAAGGCGGCACCAAUGCGUCCGCGACGUCCAAAACAACUCGACGAUGAUGGCACCCAUGUAAAGGAUCUGCUGUCACCAGACAUUUCCACUUUAUACGGCUUGGCGCCAAGCGAUUUCCAAUUUUUGCGACCACGCGAUCAGUUGCAGCUGAUCUUCAAGGAUAUUGUGAAUACCGAGGACUUUGAGUCCAUUUGGCAGCAACUCACGCAAGCGCACAACGAGCAGCAUGGACAGUUCUCUGUGCAGCAGUUCCGCGACGUCAUGGACAACUUGGAGCCAGCUACUCAGGCUCAAGCUGCCAAUGCUUAGAACAAGAAAGUUAUCACUUAAAUUUAAUGAAAUGACUAAAA